AUGGGUGACAAGAAGCGCAAGAUCGUCGAAAAUAACCCCGAGGAGGCCAUUGAGCCCGAGGGAAAGAAGGCAAAGCGCGAGGAGAAGAAGGAGAAGAAGCGCAAGUCGAAGGACGUUGUGGAAGAUGUGAAGGAGGAAACCGGUGCUGAGGAGCAGACCAAAUCGGACAAGAAAGAGAAGAAAGAGAAGAAGGAUAAGAAGGACAAGAAGGACAAGAAAGAGAAAAAGGAAAAGAAGGAGAAGAAAGAAAAGAAAGAGAAGAAGGAUGAGAGCGAGGAGGAUGCGCCGGAGGUAAACGGUGCUGAAGAAAAGAAGCAGGAAACCGCCGAUGCAAUGGAUGUGGAUGAGAAGCCAACCCAGGAGAGUGACAAUAAGGCAGAUAAGAAGGCCCAGGAGAAGAAAGAGCGGAAAGAGAAAGCGAAACAAGAAAAGAAGGCCAGAAAGGAACAGAAGAAAGCCGAGACCCAAGAGCAGCAGCCGGAGUCCAACGGGCAGCAAUCUCAAGCCGAACCUGCUGAAAAUGACACCCCUAAGCAGAAAGGCUCCCGGUUCAUUUGCUUUGUCGGAAAUCUUCCCUACUCUGCCAACCAUGAGUCCUUGUCCGCCCACUUCGAAAAGAUUGCCCCGGUCUCAGUACGUGUUGCUACUCAAAAGGAGAAGCCGACCAAGUGCCGUGGGUUCGGCUUCAUUGAGUUCGAUAAUUACGAUCGCAUGAAGACCUGCCUCAAGUUGUAUCACCACUCGAUGUUCGAUGAUAAGAAGUAUCCCCCCCGGAGGAUCAAUGUUGAAUUGACUGCUGGUGGUGGCGGUAACAACGAUAACCGCAAAGCUAAGAUCGAAGCGAAGAACAAGAAGCUUUUCGAAGAGAGGCAGCGCAACGCAAAGUCUAUCCAGCAGGAGAGGGAGAGGAAAACCAAGGCUGAAGAAACUGGUGUUGAUGAAUAUGCGGGUGUCCACCCCAGUCGAUUAAGCCGCAUGGCAUAG